AUGUCCGGCUUUGUCGGUGUUCUCUUCGUCAUUAUUGUGGUUGCUUACUUGUGUAGGCAAGUCUUCGCAGAGAAGCGUAGGAAAGAUGCAGUGCUGCGCGUGCAGAUCAGUCGAAGUAUCGCCGACUUCACCCUGUUCGGGGUCAGGACCCUCGCGGAUCGACUGAUUCUUCGGGCGACACCAAACUUGCGAUUGCAUACCGCUUUCGACAUUAUCAACUCUUUCACCACCACCGAUGAGGAAGUCCAUAGUCGAUUCCUCGGACUGGCCAAGCUGGUCAUACGCAACAAGGGGAAUGGAGGUUGGGUCGAAGCAUCUCGAAUUGCGGAAUCGGCCUUGGACUUGACCGUCAGUCACAUCAAAUUCGACUGGCCCUUCUUGCCCCUUGCACCCUUGGUUCGCAUUUUCAGCUUCAUCGUGACGCUGAACCUGCUUUUCUCGGCCAACCCAAAGACCAUGGAUCUUCGUCAGGCUCGAAUCGCCACAGAGAUAAUCAAUCGCCUGUGGCUUCAGUCGAAGGGGAAGCCAGAGCCAAUCUUGUUGGUCGAUCAGGAACGCCUCCACAACGCUUUGAAGGCUCUGCUUCCGGCAUGCUACCCCUGGGACGACGAGGGGAACCCACUGAAUCUCAUAAUGCCCGCCUAUGAGACCAUGUGGCGGGUUGUCGUUCUGACAUUCGUCUCAGCCGCCUACCAAGGGGUGACGCUGAGAGCACUGAACGACUCCAGAGAGGGACUUUGUCUAUAUCCACCCACGAAGCGUGUAUACCGCGCAUACCCGUCUAUGCCAGGGAACAGCGGCAUUUGCAGCCCAGCAGCGGCGGACGUGGAGCGAUGCCACCGCGAGCCCAGCAUCUGGGGCCCUGAUGCUCUCGAGUUCAAGCCUGCGCGUUUCUGCCGCAGCCAUGUUCUGACGGACGAUAUGAAGCAGGCCUACAUGCCAUUCGGUGCUGGCAAACAUGUCUGUCCGGCAGCGGCAGGGUUUGGCCAUCGAACGAUCAUUCUGCUGGUGGUUACGCUCGCAAAGCACUUCGGGACUAUCGAGAGCGGUCUCAGAAUACGCGAUGGCGAUGUAGCAUUGCCGCGAAGCCCCAGAUCUCUCCUGCCGUCCGGUCGAGAGGACAUGGAGGGAUGGACAUUGGAGGGCACAAAUUCCAUCGAUAGAGGGAGUGUCUGUGAGGAUGGAUUGGAAUCCAUCAGCGCCGAGACAGUUGAAGAUGUGAUGUAG